AUGUCUAACGCCGCCUUCAGCUCGAGUUGGGUAUGGUUUCUGUACUACCAGACCCUGGUAGAACUCCCACUCCUCGUCCCACCAACCUUUGGCACCAACGACGGUGAGGAUGGUAUGGGUGCCGUCCUGCAGAUGUACGGACUGCUCGACAGAUUCGUUGCUAUGGCCGUGAUCGACCUCGGGACGCAUAUCUCCGACACAGAGAGCCCAGAUAUCGCCGUAGCGGACGAAGAAUACCACGUAGUCUGGCGCUCCGCGGUCAUCAUUCCACUUCUAAUGGUGACGAAAAUUCUCAGACCAGACUCUAGUAUUGAUAUCGCCAACUUCAAAGGCACAUCGGGAGUAUCGUUGGCGCAGGGAGCCUGCAGCGGCUUCGAUGUGUCUUAUCUCAAGCGGACCGUUGUCAGGUGCGAUGUCUAG